UUUGCAGCCACACUGGAACCCUUCCACUUCCCGCGUUUCAAUAUCCCGGAUGUAACUCAUGCGCAUGCGUAAACGUUGAAAGAAGCAUAGCGCACCCUCUCUGCUUAUUGCGAGAAAAGGGCACCUCAAGUCAUUCUGCUCGACCCCCCAUACAUUGAUUUUAAAAAUGUCUGGUAAGUUGGGGCCUCUCUUCACCCAGGCUGAAAAAUCUAAGGAUGAUCCAGUUGAGGAGGAGGAAGAGGAAGAAGGUGAAGAAGAAGAAUUUACUGUAGAAAAAGUUGUUGAUUCAAGAAUGCGUGGUGGAAAAAAGGAAUACUUGUUAAAAUGGAAAGGAUAUCCAGAUUCAGAGAACACAUGGGAACCUGAAGAGAACUUAGACUGCCCAGAUCUGAUUGCAGCAUUUGAAGAGAAGAAAAAGAAAAAAGAUUCAGAAAAAGGUGCCAAACGGAAAUCAACUUCAAAUGGAGCAAAAGAUGACGCAAAAAAGAAGAAAAAAGAUGAAUCUGAUAACAAGCCUCGAGGUUUUGACAGAGGUUUAGCCCCUGAGAGAAUUAUUGGUGCAACAGACAGCAGUGGUGAACUCAUGUUUUUAAUGAAAUGGAAGGACAGUGAUGAGGCUGAUUUGGUUCCUGCACGACAAGCUAAUGUGAAAUGUCCACAAAUUGUAAUAGCAUUUUAUGAGGAAAGACUUACCUGGCACACACACAAUGAUAAUGAUGAUGAUGAUAAGAAGGGAGAUUGAGUUUAAAAAGAUUGUUUAUUUGUAUGUCUUUGUUUACUGUGAGUUUGAAAAUACAUGAUGGAAAACCCAGUCAUUUUUCUUUACUUUAUUUUGGAUCAAGCAGUCCUUCAAAUGAUCUGUUACCUAAAAUAAAAAAAUCUAAUACGCUGAAUCUAAUCUGUUACAGUAAUUUUAUGACCUGUUAUAGAAUUGACUCUAAAAAACAAACAGUGCAUAUUCUUUAAUUGUACAACUUGUUUAUUUUUGCCUGUCUUGGUUGUUUGAAAAAAUGACUUGGUUUUUCUUUUACACUUUCUUUUAUGUAAUGAUUGAUUUUCAUCAAAGCUUCUAGGAGCUCCAUUACUAUGUGACAUGAGUUAUUUCUGCAUAAAUGGGUCAAAUGUAAAAAUGCUUCAUAUGGAAUGAACAGCGUGUUAGUUUAAGGAGUCGCAUAUUCAGUUUUAGAUUCUUGUCUAGAAAAGACAUCAAGUAAGGCUUUAUAUGUCUGUAUAGAAGUAAACCAAUGAUAUGAGUGGCAUAAUAUGCUGUUGUGAUCAGUUCAGUUAUUAUGGAAAUGUUCAGGUUCUUGGUUUUAAAUAGUUUUUUUUUUAAUUCUUUCCUUUUAAAAGUAGUAGUGUCAUUUGGCCCAAAUCUUUGCAUGCUUAUUUUUAGAUCUGUUGCUGUGUGUGAAGGAGAAUAUGGUAAUUUUACUAUUUGCAGUUGUCUUACAUCAUUUACAUGUUGUGAUACUCAGCUGUCAUAAAUGUUCUGUUCAUAACAGCCAUCUGAGUAUCUCAGUAUUUUUAUGUUUUAACAAGUACCAGCUAGACAUUUUCUAUGUAUUUGUAUUUAGUUGAAUGGAAAUUGGUAUACAUUUUUACUGGCAGGGACAUGCUUAUCAUUGUCCUGGUGGUAGUUGAGUGAAUUGGGCAUUUCUGUUCCCCUUGCGUAACUUUGUUGAUGGGUUACACUUUUUCUGUAAACACUUCACUCAAACAUGUCAUUUUUUUUAAAUUCGGCUAGAAAUCAAAUUAUUAUUUACAGGUUCUUUUUGUACUUUGAUGUAUACAAUUUUAAAUUGAAUAGAGAUAUUGAAGUCUAGGCAGAAAAUUACUUGUUUAGGAUAAACUCAUUGUACAUAAUCAUCGGGGUUCAUUUUUCCAGCGCAGAAUACUUUUAUAUUUAAAAGGUCUUCAUCUGUUGUAAGGUUUAGAAUGUAAAAAAAACUUUCAGUUUCUAAAAGUUAGACUGUCUCUAGCAUUAGUUCAUCAUUUGAAAUUUUUAUUGUAUUGUCAACAAAUAAAAUUCAUGACCAACA